AUUAUCAAAUAUAAACUCAAGUCAACUCUCUGGUACCUUGCAUCUUAUUAAUGAAAACCAACCCUUCCAUCUUCUCUUCUCCAAAAUUCUUAAACAAACAGAUAUCACCGCAUCCAUCAAUGGCAAUCACACCUUUCUUCCCCAACAUCUCCAUACGUGUAACAGCCCCGAGUUCGCCGGCGAUUACCAUGAACUCUCUGGCGACCACCAGAUCCCUGAUACUCACAAAUCACCACGUCCGGCUGCAAACUGCAUCAAAUUCUCUGAAGAAAUUUAACCCAGUCAUCAAGAUUUUUGAGGACAAAGAGAGUGGUGUAAUAUGCUACAGAGAUGAGCAAGGGUAUUUGAUCUGUGAGGGGUAUGAUGAAGGGCCCAGAUUGCCCUGGCAACAACUAGAUGGUAUAGAGAUAUAGAUGGUAGAAUGCAAUCUCUCUCUCUCUAUCUCUAGCUGCUUUUCUUGUUUAUCUUCUCUUCUCCAUUGAUACAGUAAUCAUCAUUCUCAUGUUUUAUCUGAUACAUAAACUAAACAUAACAGCUUCAUGUCUAGAUAUCAAACAAAGCUAUUACAGGAACAGCUAUUUCAAUUUUCAAUAGUGAACCUGGC